AUGAAGUUAUUACUGAAGCAACAACAACAACUCGAACGUGUUAAAAAAUGGCUUCAAUUAAGAAAUCGUGACGUCGAUCGACGUUCAGCUGUUGAAGAAAGAAGAAAAAAACGUGAAGAAGAAGCAAAGGUUAAAAUAGAAGAAUUGUUGAAAAAAGAGAAAGAACGUGCCGAACAUUAUCAGCAGCGUGCGGUAUCGCAAGUUACACUUAGCCUGAGAACUAAACCAGAUGUUAUGAGUCAAUCAACAGAUGUUUUAUCAUCUACACGACGUGCAGUUUCAGCAUCGCGUCCUCGAAUAUUAGCAACACCAACCAAUCAAACAGAUAUGACUAAUCGCCGUACUCCAAAUCAUUCUCCUGUUCCCACAUCCACCGGAUCCCCAUCUCAUGGUUCAAUCGCAGCCGGUUCUCAUCAUCUAAACCCAAUUAAUGAACGUACACAAAACUCUAACGAUAUAGCAGGCACAGCAACUACUACUGCUGCUACUACGGAUAGUUCGUUAACAGGGCGAGAAGAAACAAAUGGGAUUGCUGUAGCGACCAAUGCUUCAACGAAUGUCGAACGUCGUGCUCAAAGCGUUAAUCGCUCACACUUGAAUGAUACAAUUCGUCGUUUGUCCAAACCAAAACCAGUGAAAACAGCGUCGAGUGAUUUAAUGGCGCAAUCAGUUAAUGUUGGUAUGCUAACAUCUCAGUCAAGUCAUCAGUUACGAACACAACCACAACAACCAACGACUAUUGCUCGUCGUGCUAUCCCACGAUCAAACGCUACGGCAACACAACGUUCAUCUCCGAAACAACAGAAUGAAUCACAUACAUCAAUAACACCAACAUCAUCUGGUAUCAGUUCAUUAAAUGAUGAAAUGAAUAACGAUAUGUCCGAAUCAGCAACAGUUUCAUCUGAUAUUUGUCAACCACCGCAACGUACCCUGAAACAUUCGGAAGCACCUAGAACGGGUUCCUCGCCAAAUCGCUCAACUAAACCACCAAUAUCUUCCAAUACCCGUUUAACGUCAAAGCCGAAACAUGCCUCAACUACAUCUAAUCGAUCUAUACCAUCAUCUUUAUCCUCAUCAUCUUUAUCGACAUCAGUCACUGCGCAUAAUAAUAAUUCGGCUGAACGUUUAACAUCGAAAUCACAAAGUCGAAAACCGAGUCUUCCCAAAACAUUUGAAAUUCACUCAAAGAAAAAACCUAUUUCAGAAACAACUAAAACUAUUCCAACUAAAGACGUGCAACGCGAACAAAACGAAUUGUUCGAAACAGCUAUAGUGGACAGCAAUAAUAAUGAAAUAAACGAAACAGAUAACAUUACAGAAACAUCUGCAGAGGUGAUUAUCAAUAACACGGAAAAAGAUGUUCAGUCAGAUAAUAUUAGUAAGGUGGAAAAGGUAGACGCCAGCGAAUCAUCUCACACAAAUUCUGCUGAACCAAUUGAUAUAGAUUCCAUAUCAAACGUUAUAAAUAAUACUCAUCCAUCCGUUUCUGUUCAACCUGUACUAACAAAACGUGAACAACAACAAAUAGAUGAACAAGACUAUCAGCGUAAAUUAGCGGAAAAACGACGUGAGGCUCGUGAACGUUUUGAAGAAGCAAAACGUUUAGAAGAAGAACGACAACGACAACUAGAAUUAGAAGAACAGCAACGUGAAGAAGAACAACGAAAACUUGAAGAAGAACAAA